CAGCGGCGCGGCGUCGUGAGGCGGAGUGGGGGGGGCGCCCACAGCCAAGAUGGCGCCCCCAGGAGGUGGGAGCGGGUGACCGGCGGCGGCGGCGGCAGCUGGAGAGUAGCGGCCUUGCUUGGCCCUCGGGUGGCGGGGUCCUGGGGGCGCCUCUCCGGCUCCCCCUACCCCGGCCCCGCCUGCAACCCGCUCUCCAGGCCCGCGCCAUGGCCGGAGACAACAGCAAGCAGUUUUGGAAGAGGAGCGCCAAGCUACCGGGGAGUAUUCAGCCUGUAUAUGGUGCCCAGCAUCCUCCUUUGGAUCCUCGGCUAACAAAAAACUUCAUUAAAGAACGCUCAAAAGUGAAUGCAGUAUCCUUGAAGAAUAAAAAAGCCUCCAGUUUUCAUGAAUUUGCCCGAAAUACCAGUGAUGCCUGGGACAUUGGAGAUGAUGAGGAUGAGGAUUUUUCCACAUCCUCUUUUCAAACUCUGAACUCUAAGGUUGCUUUGGCAACUGCAGCCCAAGUGCUAGAGAACCACAGCAAGUUACGGAUGAAGCCAGAGAGGUCUCAAUCUACAGCAGCUGACAUAACAGCUAAUUUUAAAGUCAUCAAAUCCAGUAGUGAUGCCCAGCUGUCUAGAAAUUCUGGUGAUACAUGCUUGAGGAACCCUCUUCAUAAACAGCAGUCACUUCCACUCCGACCCAUCAUCCCCCUUGUUGCCCGGAUCUCAGACCAAAAUGCUUCCGGUGCUCCCCCAAUGACUGUCCGAGAAAAAACACGCCUAGAGAAAUUUCGGCAGCUUCUCUCUAGUCACAAUACAGACCUAGAUGAACUGAGGAAGUGUAGCUGGCCAGGAGUUCCCAGGGAGGUUCGGCCUGUCACCUGGAGGCUCCUGUCGGGAUACCUCCCAGCCAACACUGAGAGGAGGAAGAUGACUCUCCAGAGGAAGCGGGAGGAGUACUUUGGUUUCAUUGAGCAGUAUUAUGAUUCCAGAAAUGAAGAACAUCACCAAGAUACCUAUCGACAGAUACACAUUGACAUUCCAAGGACGAAUCCUCUCAUCCCGUUGUUCCAACAGCCACUUGUUCAGGAGAUCUUUGAAAGAAUUCUGUUCAUUUGGGCCAUCCGACAUCCUGCCAGUGGCUAUGUGCAGGGAAUUAAUGACUUGGUCACUCCUUUCUUUGUCGUCUUCCUCUCAGAAUAUGUGGAAGAGGAUGUGGAGAACUUUGAUGUGACAAACUUGUCUCAAGAUAUGCUACGAAGCAUCGAAGCAGACAGUUUUUGGUGCAUGAGUAAGCUGCUGGAUGGGAUUCAGGAUAACUACACCUUUGCCCAGCCAGGGAUCCAAAAGAAAGUCCAAGCACUGGAAGAGCUGGUCAGCCGGAUUGAUGAACAGGUACAUAAUCACUUCAGGAGGUACGAGGUUGAAUAUCUGCAGUUUGCCUUUCGCUGGAUGAAUAAUCUGCUUAUGAGAGAGCUACCCCUCCGAUGUACCAUUCGGCUGUGGGACACCUACCAGUCUGAACCAGAAGGAUUUUCUCAUUUUCAUCUCUAUGUGUGUGCUGCCUUCUUGAUUAAGUGGCGGAAGGAGAUCUUGGAUGAGGAGGAUUUCCAGGGUCUCCUCAUGCUGUUGCAAAACCUACCUACAAUUCACUGGGGCAACGAAGAGAUUGGCCUUCUCCUGGCAGAAGCAUAUAGACUGAAAUACAUGUUUGCCGAUGCCCCCAAUCACUACCGGCGAUAGGUGCCGCCUCCAAGCGGAGACCCGGACUUCCCCCAUCACUGAUGGCAAUCUAAUCACUGUGGCAAUUGUUUGAGCCCUUGGGCCCCAAGCCAGGAACCACUCCUGUACAAAGCUCCCAUCACCCUAGAUCUCUACUUGUUGUGUGCCUGUGUGGCCGCUCCACGGCCCUGGAUGUGUGUCUCCCAGACUCGCAUCAGUAUUCCCUGCUGUGUAAUGGGCUUACUUCUGGGAGAGGGUGGAAGGAAAGUGCAGGAUUGUUCCUGAUUGUGCCCCCACAUUGCCCGGUGUCUCUUGUUACCCUCUGGCUGAGUCUGUUGCUCUUCAGACACAGCUUGAUCUGACCACAGGUACAAAUGCCUUAUGUUGUUCAGCCACCCAAUCUUCAUCAUUCUUUCCCCAACUCCACUCCCUCCAGCCUGUGCCCAAUGCUGGACAGCAUUCUAGGACCAUUCAUAUCAAAGGAGAGAUGUGUUGAGGCAUAGAGCGUUCCUGCAAGUAUCUGGGAAACAGUACAUUUAAGGCUGGGAACAUUUGUUUUUCCCUUUAUUCACCCACAUGUGUGCAUGUGUCUGUGCGUGUGUGUGUGUGUGUGUGUGUGUGUGUGUGUCUGCGUUUGCGUGCAUGUCUGUAUUGGCAUGUGUGCAUACCCUCAGGGCAAGGUGUCCAUUUGUGUCUAGACUAGCCCCACCCACCAUAACCAGCUGUGAAUGACCCAAGUGAACCAGUAUACAAGCAGCCCUUUAAAAGGGGAAGGUGGGGGUGGAAAGGGACUUUUUGCCUCCUCGGACCCUUUCUCCAUCACGACACUCCUAGUCAUUGUGCGUAUAUUGUGUUUGUAUGUAUAUGGGUAAAGAUGUACAAUAUAUGUCCUCUUUGUAGCAGAUAUGAUUUUAUAUUUAUAAUGUGCACCCGUGUUUGAAGCCAAUCUUGGUCCAUUGCAGUCAGUAUUCUAUCUGCCAGACUUGGGAGAUAGAGAUUUUUGCCUGCACGCUAGCACAUUUGAGGAUAAAAGGCUCCUUUCCAAGCAAAAUGUUGAAUUCCAGGUUUGGUUUUGUAGGCCCACUUGUGGGAAUGGCUUUUGAGGAAGGGCUGUUCAGAGCCAGAGUGAUUACAGGGGAGUAGGUUGUACUUCCUCUCACAGCAGUCCCUGGACAUGUAUUUGUUUCUUUGAUCAUAUCCUCCCUAUAGUUUUGGCCCUGCUCCUCAUGCUCCUCUCCCAUUAAUUGAACCCCUUGAACUUUAGUGCCCUCCACUGACAGUGUCAUAAACAGAAGAGGAAGCCAGAUCCAUGGGUUUUAUAUUUAUAGCCCCUUCCUUUCCCUAUGUAUCUGGAGGGAUUUUUUUUUUCAUUUUUAAUCCUAAUUCUGCAUUUUAUUCCAAAUGGAAACUGUGACUGGUCAGUGCCAAGGGGAGAGGGAGAUGUGGUGUGUGCCCUGGGUUUUCUGGCUCUUUCUCUCAAAAAGAGCUGUGGGUUCACAUGGCUCCCACCCCAUUUCAGCCUCAUCUCAAAAUGGUACACUGUGGGGUUUUGGGGUGGUGAAGAGAAUAAUAGUCCUUCUAAAAACCAAGCAGUGUCCCCAAAAGAUGACUCCCACAAUCUUCAUUGCCAAUAAACUCCAACCACUCUGGUACCAUGUUGUCUUCCUCAUCUGGAGCUGUUUCUCAGGCAUCCUUCAUAGCCCUCUCUUCCCCCUUCCCAUAGCUUGGGCACCUCAGGUGGUCCCUACCCAAAGGGAGGGAGCUUGUGAUCCUUCCUCAGCUGGACUAAUUAAAGAAAGACACUUGUGUUCCCAAGUGAUGGUUUUAUUUUUUUAGUUUUUAUGUUUGUAUGGGAAAUUGUGGAUAAAGUGAAAGCAUUGUAAAUAAAUAGUGAAUUUCCUCAUCCAUUUGCUGACUUUUCAUCCCCUGAGAUCAUGGAAACUGGGGACUUCAGGACUUGUCUCCAGUUCUUGGGUUUUAACAAUGUGAAUAAUAGUAAAAUAAGAGAUAGAGGUCUAUUUGGGGUCAUAAGGGGAAUCAGGAGAUUCAGCAGGCACCUUGGGGCUUUAAACAUGUUCACGUAAUCUUACUGACCUGGUCAAGAGUUCUUCACAAUUUUUUGCUAAUUCUCUAAGUCAGCAAAAAAUGUUGCUACCCAUUCCUUGAUAGAGCUCUAUUUAGCCACUUAUUAGUUGCAUAUGUGUUAUUAUACGAAUAACUGUACCUUACAAAGUUUACACAAGAGACACUUUCAAAGGGAAGGUAAAGAUGAAUUAACAUUUGAGCUCAAAACUGAUAGGAGGCCACUGACGUUUAAUUAAAGAAACAAUAGAUUUAGAACUUCAUCACUAUCAGCUGUGUGGAAAAUGAUAUAGAACAAGGUAGGGAUUUGAGGCAUGUAGACCAACAAGAGCUAGAAGGGACCUUAGUGAUCCCUAAACCCAACCCCUUUGUUUUAUAGGUAAGAUUGCAUAUGUAUUAUGUGUCUGAAGCAGGAUUUGAAGUCAUCUCCCUGUCUCCUGAAACCCCCCCCAAAAAGGAUGGUGGUUUCAUGAGUAGAAAGGGGGACAGAUGUGAGAGAUGUUGUAGAGAUAAAAAUGAUAAGAUUUAGCAGCUGAUCAGUAUGUGGGAUGGGAGAAAGUGAAGGGUCAAAGAUAAUGUCAAGUCUGAGAACCUGGGUUAAGGAUGGUAAUGCCCUCCACAAAAAAGGUAAUAAGUUUGGUUUUGGAGCUAAUGAAUUUGAAAUGUUUACAGGAAUAUCCAGUAUAAAUGUCCCUUAGUCAGUUCAUGAUGUGGGACAAAAACUUCCAUAUCAGGAGAGAUUAAAGUAGAUGUCCUGGGGAAUCAUCUGUAUAAAAAGAUAAGUGUCGGUCAGGCUUGUCCUCCUCUUUAAGGCUCAAUUUGGGCCAUUCUUGGCAAAAAUAUUAGAAUAGUUUGCAGUUUCCUUUUCCAGCUCAUUUUACAGAUGAGGAAUUGAGACAAACAGGGUUAAGUGGCUUGUUCAGAACCACACAGCCAGUAAGUGUCUGAAGCUAGGUUUGAACUCAGGAAAACAUUUCUGACUCCCAGCUCAGUGUUUUAUUCACCUCAUCACCCAGCUGCCCCUAGAGAUGCUCAUUAAAGCCAUGAAAACUGAUGAAGGCACCAGAUGAUUGCAUAUGGAGAGAAGACAAGGUUCAGGACAGAGCCUUCCAUUCUACUGAUAGGAGGCAUGACAUGGAUGAGGACCCUGCAAAAGUGACUGAGGAGGAGAUUUCAGACAGGUAGGAGAAGAUCAUAGUGUCCAUUCUCCCAAGAGGAAGUCACUAUCUAGGAGAAGCAGGCAAUCUGCAGUGCCAAAUGCAGAAAGAUGAAGAAAAGAAUGAAAACAGAAGAGGGGCAGAGGAUCAGAUUUGGCAAUUAAGAGCUCAAUUUCAAUUGAGUAAGAAAGGAAGAAUAACGAGUAGGUUGAGAAAUCAAAAGGAAAGUAACAUCCUUCACAGAGUUUAGCCAGAAGACUCAUCAGAUUAUUUUCCCUAACAACCUCAUGAAAUAUUCACAAAGUUGUUAAGUGCAUUCCAUCCACAAUUACAGAUCAUUAUGGAUCCUCUAAUAAGUCCUUCUGGGAAUAUUUCCUUCUCGUUUGGGAAUUUGCAAUAGAACCACAUUACAGUUGAAAGUAGGGCUUUCCCAUAUGCAAUAUGGGGAAAUUUGAUGUGGAACUUUAGAACAACUGUAUGGGCAUGCUAGGAAUUUCUCCAAUGUACCAUGGAUAUUCUAGGAGAAUAUAAAAUGUGGUAGAUGCUAUCAAAGCUUCCAGGCCUGGCCUGGAAACAGACUAGGGACUAUAUAGGACUGUUGUCUGAUGAAAACCAGCCUAGCUUAUUUGGAGGCUCUUCAGAUUAACCACAGGGUCAUGUAUUUUUGGCCAGAUCAGCUUUAAAACAUACAAAUCACAAACAGGUUGCUAUCUGCAUGAGUGGAGGGAGGACCCACCCCAAUGAAACUGUAGAUCUUUGAAGUAUAUUGGUAUCACCUACAGUGUUUUCCUCUUUUGCAUUUGUAUUUAAAUGAUUAUUCUUUGCAAUACCAGUGAAGAGAAUAAUGAACUCACUGUAAUUUUUCCUCAUUCAUUGAUGUGUUUUUGUGCAGAAAGGUUUUCAUAGAGAUGACUUUUCUGGUAUCACCAUAACAGCUCACAUUUACUGUUGUGCUUACCAGGUGCCAGGCACUGUGCUAAAUACUUUGCAGUUAUUAUCUCAUCUGAUUCUCACAACCACCCUGGGAAGUAGGUGCUAUUAUUAUCCCCAUUUUACAAAUGAAGAAACUGAGACCAAGGUUCGGUGACUUACCCAGGGUCAUAGAGCUAUUAUGGGUCUCAGGCUGGAUUUGAACUCAGCUCUUCCUGAUUCCAAGCCCAGUAUUCUAUCCAUUGAAACACCUCACUGACCUAACAUUUGGCUGUUUUUUGUCUGUAUUGAUGAUAGCAGGGUAUGCAUUCCAAAUGAAAAGUGACUAUCUUUUGACUUGCAUUUUUUCCAGUUUGCCUGUUGAGUCUCUACAGUUAUACUUCCAUCAGCUUCUCCUUCAUCCUUUCACUCAUCUGCAGAGAGAGCUUCCUCCAUGUUCCCCUUUUCUCUAGAAGCUAUCAUCACCAACUCCAGAUAAUAACAAUUCCCCCUUAUAUAUAGCACUUUAAGAUUUGCAAAGCACUUUAUUAUGUCUCAUUUGAGAUCUAUUUAUUAUCUCAUUUGGGCCUCACAACAACCCUGUGAAGUAGACAGUGUUAGCCCCAUUUUUUCAGGUAGGGAAAUGGGUUCAGAGAGGUCAUUGAUUUGCCUCAGAGUCACACAACUAAUAUGUGCUGAGGUAGAAUUGGAACCCAGGUCCUUCUGAACUUAAGUCCAGGGCACUAUCCAUUGCCCUCCACUCACCUUGGUCCAUGACUAGAGACUUUUAGGAAUUGAAAGUUUGACAGAGACCUGAUUCUUUCCGGUUUCUUAUGACUGGUUUUCUUCUGUUGCCCAAGACAAAAGUAUUUUGAUCUCUAUGACUUUCCUGGAUACCAGGUAGGCCAUGGUGGGGUCUUCUGAGAGGAGGAAGCCUUGUUUAGAUGAGUGAAUGGUUUAUGGACCAGUAAGAUCAAAACAACGUCUGGGGCUAAUGUCAUCCAACAACUGAUUAAAUUUCGAUUAAAUUUCAAUAAAGUCUCAAUAAAUAUUAAUCAACUUUACUAUGUUCACAGCCCUGUGCUAAACACUCCGAAUACAAAAACAAAAAUGACAAUCAUGAAGAACAAAUAUGGUUUGAAAGAAGAGAUGUGAAAAGGCUCCCCCAUCCUACACCUUUGCAGAGAUGGGAAAUCUACCAGUGUUCGCUGCACAUAUUUUCUGACUUCUUUGAUCAUUGGUCAAUUGUGCUGAUUUUUUUCCUUCAUCUUUUUUGUCUUUGAGUUUACAAUUUGUUGUAGGAAAUCCUGGUAAUGUAAAAAAGCCAAAACAUCAAUAAAAAUUUGUUUUAAGUAAA